AUAAACUAUUGUUCAAAUAUGUUAUAAGAAAUUUGAGAUAGCUUCAAGAAUAUCUAUUUACCUUUUUAUGAUUAUAACAGCAGUCAUGUUUAAUGUUUAUCUCACCUAAUAACAAUGUACCGCACAAUCUGUUUUGAAAUGCCGAUGUAUAUUUUAAUUAAUUUUUAAAAACAUAUGCCAAUUCUUGACUAAUGUACCUAUACAUAUAGCGCUACACAUAGAUAUGAUCCACACAGCAUAGGGCGUCACACUGAGUAGAGAAGAACGAAUUUGAAAAGAAUUUUUUGAAUCGAAUUAAUUUGUGUGGCUGUUGACGCGGUCAAUCAGUAGUGGGAGCUCUUUUUGCAACAUGUUUUUUCAGCUUUUGGUGCCUUUAUGCUGCACAUAGUCUAUUGGCACAUUUGUAACGCACAGAUUGUAAUCAAAUUAAUUGGUGAAUGCAGUUCGCCUAUUUCGGUUGUUUUCACGCGUAUUUGCUUCACAAAUAAAUAAUUUUAAAUUAAAUAAUUUUUCUCUAUAUUAAAAUUCAAAAGCGAUUACAGGUAGCUAAUAUGUCGCUGAGCGCAAUGCAUUGCACGCGUUGCACGGAAGGAUUCGAGCCAAACGAAAAAAUCGUUAAUUCGAAUGGUGAACUCUGGCAUACGCAGUGCUUUGUUUGUGCUCAGUGCUUCCGUCCAUUUCAAGAUGGUAUCUUCUAUGAAUUCGAAGGACGCAAAUAUUGUGAACAUGAUUUUCAUGUCCUCUUCGCGCCUUGUUGCAAUAAAUGUGGAGAAUUUGUUAUCGGACGUGUUAUAAAGGCAAUGUCCGCAAGCUGGCAUCCACAGUGCUUCCGUUGUCAGUUGUGUGCUAAGGAAUUAGCCGAUUCUGGCUUUAUACGCAAUCAAAAUCGUGCCUUAUGUCAUGAGUGCAAUGCCAAAGUUAAGGCUGAAAUAACUGGACGUUAUGUGUGCCAAAAAUGCCAGUAAGUAUACUUA